AUCAAUCGAUUAUUGGAAAGAGAAGAAGAAUUGAUUGAGUGAAAAUCAACCGAUUAUGUCGAAGAAUUUCUCACGAAUCAGAAUGAUUUCUUCAACUUACUGAUUCCUUCUACUUCCAUUAAUAGAAGGAAUUUAUUUAUCAGCAAAAUGGCGCGCUGUGCCGUCGACGGUGGCUGCCCCAGCGAUUACAUCGCUAUAGUUUUUGCUGCACUUUGUUUGGCUUUGCUGAUUUUUCGGUGGAUAUUACCGUAUGUGAUGUACAAGAUUCCUCUUCCCAAAGGCAGCCGCUUUUGGAUUCCAGUAAUUCAAGUUUUUUCUAGCCUCAAUCUUCUGCUGUCAAUUGUGAUAUCUGUUAGUUUCUUCAAAUUCAAGAGGCAAAAGUGGCGCUCUUGCUAUAUCUGGGCAGUGUGGGUUGAAGGUCCCCUUGGAUUCGGUUUGCUGCUGAGCAGUCGUAUAACACAGACCUUUCAACUAUAUUACAUUUUUGUAAAGCGGCGUCUACCACCCAUCAAAACACACAUCUUCCUUCCACUAAUUCUGUUGCCGUGGAUUUCUGGGGCUACAUUUAUCAAUGUCAAGAAGCCUUUAAAUUACAGGUGCCACAUGGGGCCACGGUGGAUUAUUCCAAUCAUGACUCUUCAUAUCUUAUAUGUUGCUACAUUGAUUGUUCUUACAUGGGCUGUUCGUCAUAUAGAGUUCAGGUUUGAUGAACUAAGAGAUCUGUGGAAGGGAAUAAUAGUCUCAGCAUUUUCCGUUGGAGUUUGGGUUUCUGCCUACAUUACAAAUGAAAUCCAUGAAGAGAUCUUAGGUCUUCAGGUUGCCUCUAGAUUUCUGCUAUUAGUAACGGCAAGUAUUCUUGUGCUGACCUUCUUCUCUACCUCAAGCUCACAACCGCUGCUUUCUCAAAUCAGUUUGAGAAAAAGGGAAGCACUUGAAUAUGACUCCAUGGGUCAUGCUCUGGGCAUACCAGAUAGUGGAUUGUUACUACAAAGGGAACCGGAAACAGUCAUAGAUCCUAAUGAACCACUGGAGAAAUUACUUCUGAACAAAAGAUUUCGUCGAUCAUUCAUGGCUUUUGCUGACAGUUGCUUAGCUGGGGAGAAUGUGCACUUUUAUGAUGAAGUGCACGAGCUUGGAAAACUGCCUUUGGACGACCCUGUGAGAAGAAUCUAUAUGGCAAGACAUAUAAUUGACAAUUACAUAACACCAGGUGCCACAAUGGAGGUGAACAUUUCUCAUCGAUGCCGUCAAGAGAUUUUGACUACUUCUGAUCUGGCUGAUCCCAAUCUCUUCAAUACUGCACUAAACGAGCUGAUACAGUUGAUAAAGAUGAAUUUGGCAAAAGAUUUCUGGUCAUCAAUGUUCUUUCUGAAGUUAAAAGAAGAAACGAGUAUGAGAUCAAAUGGGCGAGACCUUGAACAGAUGGCGAGUUGGAACCUCUCUCCUAGAUUGAGUUCUGUACAAGGCACCGACGAUCCUUUCCAGCAAGAGCAAUUUUCAAAGGGCUCUGGCCAUGAUAGUACUCACGACUCUGACCACUAAAAGUGCCUAAGAUUUGAAUCCUACACAUGCCUGGUUGCAGCUGCCUUUACAUCUCAAGUCUAUUAAUCGGUUCGUAGGCUAAACUAUUUCCUUCUUUCUGACUCACAAGGAUGGGGUCCAAAGAAAAAAAAUGGGAAGAAGUUGGGAGAACAAAGCGUAUUUGUCAUUAAUCUCUCUACAUCAACAACAAGGCAAGCUCAGAGUUGAUAACGCAGCGAAGCAACAGAUAAAUCAUGUGAUUGUUCUCAUCUUUUAAAGCAAUAAAACGAAAGUUUGUCUUCUUUACGAGUUAUGGCCUCCAAGAUGUAAAUGUUAACUGAGGGGAUGCACUGUAAGCAAUUAAUGUCCCCCGUUUCAUUUGAUAUCUAGUGGUCCUCCUCAUAAGGAGUAAUGGCAUCGGCGCUUUCAUCUUGCAGGAAAGAUGGUCACUUUUGAUGAAAUAAAGCACUGAAAAUGGACAGGUGGAUAGGCUGAAUCACGAACUAGACCCAUUUAGUUUUUCAAGAACCCUCCAACUUUUAGGUACAAAAUAUUUAUGUCAGUUCACAAAUUUCCUAAAGUUACCUUUAACUUUUUUUUCUUAUUACAACAAUUACGAACCAUUGUUGCCUUCAACUCCAUGGUUUUGUGCAUUUGAUGCAUCCCAAAUGUUGUUUGAAGUACAAAUUUGACAGCUUCAGCUGCACAGAAAUUACUCCUAAUGUACAGGCAUAAUUUCAUUGUUUACCUAUUAUGGAAGUGAUCUGUGUUACUUUUC